AUGGAUAGUAUUCUAUCAUAACUUUAAAGAGAAGUUAACAAAAUCAACCUUAAAAAGACUCAAAGUCGCUAGGAUAACAUUAACAAAAAAUACUUUAACUCUGGCCAAUUUGAUCUCAGAAACAAUACUCUUUCAUAGCAAUACCGAUAAGGCAUCCAAGAGGAAGUAUAGAGUCAAUCAGCCUCAUAUCAUUCUCCUGAAAGCUACAGGGGAUAACAUCAGGGCAAUAAUAGAAAUGCUGAGAGGCCAGUAUCAUCAUCAAGACGCUAGGAUUCAGGCAACAGGAGUUUGAAUAGCUCCAUUACUAUAACCCCAAGAGAGUAUAACUCUAGCAAAGAACAGAUAAAGCAGGUGUUUAUGUCCAAAGAUGAGUUGUUUAAGAAGGUAAAUACUGUGUUUGAAAAGAUCAUUAGUUCUAAGAGUGACUUUUUGUCCCGUACUUAAAACACUCAACAGAUCAUACAGCAAUAGUGGAUUAUAAAGGAGUAGGAAUUUGAGCACCUCGAGAAUCUAGUUAAAUAAAGCUAGCUUGAAAUGCUGAAAGCGAUUGAGGAAUAAUAAAAGUAUGUGAUAACUUCCGAUAAGUUGCCAAAGUCUUAAAGUCAAGAGAGAAGGACAUGGCUCAGUAAAAAUCCAAGUGUUGCCAAGAAGAUGACAAGUUAAUUAAAGAAAAUAAAAGAAGAGGAAUACAGAAGAAACUUGGAUUCUUUUGAAAGCUCAUCUGAUUGCAAUGUUGAAGACGAUGAUGAAGAAAUUUAGCGUCAGAGCUCCAAAGUAUCUUCGAUAUAAUCUAGUAUAGACAGAGCAUUAGCAGAAAAAUCUCUUUAAAUAGCAGUAGGCAAUUUCGAGAAAAUACUUAAUUUCAUAAAUUACUUUGCUGACCUAGUCUAAUAGACAAAAGAUAUUAAUUAGAUACCGCUUCAGUAUCUCUCAGAGUAGGAACAGCUCCUCAAAGAUUUUACUGGUCUUCAGCAAAAUAUUAGAGUCCUUGAAGAAAGAUACUAUUCCACAACGAUUGCUUGGGAAAAAGAGCUUAGAGAUUUGAUCAAUUAGAACAAAUUAAAGUCACAAAAGAUUAUAGAAAUAGAAGUUUAAUACAAAGAACUAGCUCUUCAGAAGAAUGAUUAUCAGUUUAAAUAUGAAAACUUUGAGAAGGAGAUGGAGCUCAUUAAUAAUCAGCUUUACAUCUAGUUUGGAAUAGACCCUAUUGACUACUAAACAGACUAUACAGGCAAAUUUAAUGUUGAUUUGGUUAGAAGGGUCUUCUAAGAAAAUGAUAGACUACGAUAGGACUAUGAAAAACUGAUAGAAAAUAUUGAAAGUUCUAGAGCAGAUAUUCAAAAAGUAUCUUUGAGUUAAAGAUCUGCAAGCAGAGAAUUUCCAAUAAUUGUGAAUUAAUAGGUCAGCUAAGUCAAGGAUCAAUAUGAGUUAUAACUUCAGCAGCUACAAUAGAAGUAUGAAUAGAAAUAUACUGAGCAGUUUUCUGAACUCUCAAAGUCAAGAAAUAAGGUCAUUGAAAUGAUAGAUGAUAAGUAAAAAAUGGACUAAGAACUUUAUCAGUUGAAGCUAGAAAAGAAAGAUCUCAAAAAUGAUUUAGAAGUCAAGACUGCUAGAGUUUUAGAUCUAGAAGUAUAAUUAUAAGAGUAUAAAUACAAAUCAACUCAUAUUGUUAUGCAAGCUGAGUCUAGAGCAGUUGCUAUAAAUGAAGUUUAAUCCAGGAAUGAGUUAUUGAAUGAUAGCCUAGAAAAUGUAAAAAAUGAGCUGUUAAACACUAAAAGAGUGCUUAGUUAGAUGGAAAAUGACAAAUUUGAGCUAGAAAAGGAGAGCUUAAGAAUAAAAAGAGACAUAAAAAAGCUGGAAAUUCAAAAUUUAAGUUUAUAGGAUGAGAAGGAGCACUUGAUUUAAAUGCUCGAACUUAAGAAUCACUUACUAGACUCUGAUAGCAAAAAUAGUACUACAUAUAAUGGUAUUUCAUAAACAGAUUAUUUCUAGGCAAUCUAAAGGCUUUCAAUGUUUGUAAUCAAUAGAAGUAGUUCGAAUUCUCAAAGUAAAAUAGACAACCUAGACGAAAAUACUAAAAAUAUAGUCCGAGGUAUAUUUAAUGAAAAUGUGUGCAAGCUAUUGGAUUAGUAUGAAAUGAAAAUUGAAUCAUAAUAGAAAAUGAUUACAGAUCUCUACAAAGAGCUAAGUGAGGCAUACAAUACAAACAUUAAUUCAUUGGAAUCGACAUUUUAGUAUCUUGAUCUUCUUUAAGAACUCAAUAUCACUUUUCAAAAGAUACCCAAUAAUAAGCUCUCUCAUGAUCUUCUGCUAAUAAGUGAAAAACUUUAAAGAUUUGGAAUGUAGUAUCCAAUAGACAAGAAUAGAUUAUCAAAAGAAGCUGAACAAAGCAACGACAAGCUAAGAAUGGUUUAUUUAAAGCUUGAAACAUUCAAUGAUGGAUUAAGAGAAUAGAUGAUGAAUAUGGAUAAGACAAGUUAUGGGUCAAAUAGCCCCUAAAGGAUAAAAAGCCAGUUGAUGGGAGAAUUUUAAUUGAAAUUUGAAAAUGAGUUAGAAGAGCUGAAAAAUCAAAAUGAAAAUCUAAAGUAUAAAAUUGACAUGACAUCUACUGAAAAUGAGGAGAUGAAGCAUCAACUUACAAAUAUGAAGAAAAAAGACAAUGAUAUCCAAAAACUUAAAGCAUAAAAUGAGUAAUUGAAAGAAUUAGUUAGUAAACUUCAAAAGAAUCAGAAUGGGUUGGACUCUGAAAAAGACUUUUCAAAUUUCAGUGAGUUAAAAUAAGUCAUUUAGCGCCUUGAUAACGAACUCAAGCGUGAGAAAUCACAGAACACCUUCCUAAAGUAACAGCUUAAUGAUUAGUCACUAUUUGAUGGGUUAGAUGGAUUUAUGGAAGAUGAGGUUUACUUUAAUAAGAGUAACGAUGCAAGGUCUUACAAAAAUAAUAGCAUAAGUAGGGAAAAUAAGAGAGCCAAUAAGCACACUAGUAGCGAUGCUCUCAGUAUGAUUGAUGACUAGUCACCUAUCAACUCACCAUUUACUAAUAAUAGCAAGCAAAUGAAAAGGAAAUUGAUUAAGAAAGAGCAUCUCAAAAAGUUGGAAUUAGAAAUAGCACAAUAUCAGAAAAAAGUAGAGGACUCCAGAUAAAUGAUUGAGCUUUAAUGCAUUGUUAUUGAAGAUCUACUUACCCAAAGAGGAAAACUAUAGCAAGACAUUUAAGUGUUUAUUAGCAAUCAUUCUCCAGUGCCAGAACCUAAAUAAAGCAUGGCUAAUACAUAGAUCAAUCACUUGAGCAACUAAGAAGUCAAUUCUACCAGGUCUCCUAGAAAUAAAGACUCUAAUUUGAUGCAAAGAAAGGAGUUAAUGCUCAAAAAAGGAGGAGAGAGUAGAAUUCCUAAAAUUAAUGCAAAUAGAAAACCACCCUUUUGA